AUGGCCCACCUGCAGCGUCCCGAUGGCAGCUGCAGCGCAGGAGAUGAUCGCAGCCUUGACGACGCAGCGGAGGACCUGCAGGCCGACAAGGAGCUUCCUUCGGCAAAGGCAAGGCCGAAACCGAGAGAGCUGCGGCAGCGUUGGCUACAGAAGGUCCGCGCGAAUGGGCACAAGCUUGGUGCCGCACCGAAGGACCUCCGGGCCGACAAGGAGAUCGUGAUGGAGGCCGUCAAGCAGAAUGGCAUCGCCUUAGAAUACGCCUCCAAGGACCUCCGGGCCGACAAGGAGAUCGUGCUGGAGGCCCUGCAGGAGAGUGGCCAUCCCUUGCACUACGCCUCCGAGGACCUCCAGGCCAACAGGGAGGUCGUCCUUGCGGCCGUGAACAAGAUGGGCGUUGCCUUGAGAUACGCCUCCAAGGACCUCCGGGCCGACAGGGAGUUCGUCCUGGCGACCGUGACGCAGAGUGCCUAUGCCUUGCAAUACGCUUCCAAGGAAAUCCGGGCCGACAGGGAGUUCGCUCUGGCGGCCGCGCAGCAGAGUGGCUAUGCCUUGAAAUACGCCUCCGAGGACCUCCAGGCCGACAAGGAGGUCGUGCUGGAGGUCGUGAAGCAGGAUGGCGCUGCCUUGGAAUACGCCUCCGAGGACCUCCGGGCCGAUAAGGAGAUCGUGCUGGAGGCCCUGCAGCAGGAUGGCCUUGUCUUGAAUUACGCCUCCAAGGACUUGAAGGCCGACAAGGAGAUCGUGCUGGCGGCCGUGCAGCACGAUGGCAGGGCCUUGGAAUUCGCCUCCACCGACCUCCAGGCCAACAAAAAGUUUGUCUUGCCGGCCGUGCAGCAGAGUGGCGACGCCUUGGAAUUCGCCUCCGAGGACCUCCGCUGCGACCGGGCCUUCGUCCUUCAGCUCGUGGAGGCCACCAAGGCCUAUUGGCUCUGCGACUUCGCCUCGGAGGAGCUCCGAAAGGACGCGGACUUCCGGCAGCAGUGCCGAGAGGCGGCGGGCACUGGCCUGGUUUGGACCUAUUACGACAGCUUCUCCAUGUUCUACGACAUGAGAUAUAGCUUCCCGACUACCGGGGCGUCAAUUCCGGGAGGCGCCGCCUAUGACCGAGUCAUGGACAGGUUGAAAGCCUCCGAUCACGGCGCUGCCACGGUCUGGUUUGGCGAUACACUGGUCUGGGGCUUUGCCACGGAGGGUUGGCUGCACCCGCCAGAAGAGUGCGGCCGGGACGACGUCCCAGUGCCAGCUGCUGAGGGGCGGCACCCGAAGUGGAGCGGCAAUGUCGAAUCGAGGUCAGCUCGAGAGCUGCCGGAGGUCAACAGCCGGCACCCUUGCUGGUGUUGCCACUGGUUGCGCGAAGUCAAGAGGCAGCACGACGAGGGCAAGGUCAUUUGCUGUGCCGUUUCAAACGUGUACGAGCCGGACUGGGUGGAGAAGUACGGCGCGGGCUCUUCGGAGCUUUCAGACGCGCGUGCCGAAGAGUUCAACCUAGCCAAGGAAACUUUCCGGAAUGGCCGGCCCGAAGGAUGGGGCCAAGGCACGAUUAAGAUCGGCAACGUUGAGUACGACCGGGAAGCCCCAGUCCACGAGUGGACGAAGAAGCCGCUGGGCGAGGGCUGCCGUUGGGAGCGGCAGACCCUGGACAAGUUGCCUUUCCCCGUGUACGCAUUCUUUGGGCCCUGA